AUUUUAUUGAGGUUCCAUGUGCCGGUAAGCCUCCCCCGACUCUCUCCAAAUCUGCAUUCGGUAUUCGACUUGAGCCUCUAUGAUGAGCCCUUGGGGAGAGUGCCCUUGAGCAUGUGCAAAGCGCCUCCGCCCUUUCGGGAUUGGGUUAUCUCCUUAAGCGAAGCACAGUGUGUGCGGAAUCGUUGCAGCUCGUAAAGCGGGGGCUUCCUUUUCUCGUGCGUAUACAGAGCCUCUGGCAGCCCUGCCCCACCACAGCCAGCCCCCUGGGUUACCAGCGCCCGGGGCCGAAACGGAAAGCUGCGCUGCUGCUGCUGCCGCCCACGUGCUUUCACCCUGGACCAUCCUGCGCGCCGCGCCUCUCACUCUCUCACCUGAUUGGGCGAGGGUCGCUUGGAACGUCGGGAGAGCUCGGCUGCCCCGGCCAAUCGCAGGCGGAGGGAACUUCCGAACUUUCAGAGCGGAUCCCGGAUCCUUAGUGCGCUCCCACGAGUCUCCAGCUGCAGCUGCUUUGAUCUGAGCGAGGCAGAAACACGCAGGACAGGGGGAGGUAGCCAUGGAAGCCGCGGGUGCUAUUGAGGGGCUCUGCGAAGAGGCUACAUGUUCCAUCUGCCUGGAGUACUUCAUAGACCCUGUUACAAUCGAUUGCGGGCACAACUUCUGCCAAGCCUGCUUUAACCAACUUUGGGAGGACCCCAACGUAGACUCGUCCUGCCCUCAGUGUCGAGAGAGGAUCAAGCAAAGGAACUACAAGCCAAACCGUCAACUUGCAAAUAUAGUCGAGAUCGUCAAGAACUUCCAGGAAAGGAAAGGAUUGAAGAGAAAGUGGGAAGAGCCCCAGAGGCAACAGGAGCCCCCGAAAUUCUUCUGGAGGGAUGAUCAAGCACCAGUGGGGGUGUUUUGGGACAGCUUGCAUGGUCACCAGGGCCACACUGCGUCUUCUAUAAGCAAGAUUUCUGUAAAAUAUAAGGCACAGAUAGAAGGGGAGAAGCAGAAAAUCAGAUCUGCCUUCCAGAGUAUGCAGGCAUUUCUCCGGGCGAAACAGCGUCUCUGGCUAGGUGAGCUGGGAGAUCUGGAGAAAAAGAUUUGGAAGAGGGGUGAAGGAAACUUUGCCGAACUCUCGGGGGAGCUUUCCCGACUCAGUAACCUGAUUGUGGCGAUGGAGGCGGAGGCGAGGAACCAGCGACCACCAUACGACAUCUUCAGGCCACCGAGGGAAUCCCUCCAGGAUGUCAGAAGAGCCUUAAUGAGGUGUGAGAAGAAUGCAUCUGAGCACGAAUCGGACCUUUCUCACUGGUGGGAAGAGACGCUCAAAAUCGCCGUGGAGAAAAGUUCUGCGCUGGAAAAGGCUACGGAGAACUAUAAAGCAUCUCUGGAGCGAGUUCAAGACACAGCUCCUCUGAUGCAAGACCUGAACAAAGUGAAUGUCACCCUCGAUCCAAAUACUGCACAUCCUUGCCUUACUGUCUGUGAGGAUUUGAAGUUUGUGUGGUGGGAGGUAGAGGAGGAGAAGAAGAAGAAGAAGGGGGGGAAGAAAAAGAAGAAGAAGAGUAACAACAGAGGGGCGACGGGGAACCUCCCUGACAGCCCAGAGAGAUUUGACUGGGAGCUAUGUGUGCUGGGCCAAGAGGGGUUCACGGCAGGGAAACAUUGGUGGGUGGUGGAGGUGGAAGCCAGGGGGAGGGCAAUGUGGGCUGUGGGGGUUGCCCGAGACACCAUGAGGAGGAAAGGCAUUAUCUGCACCAAUACGAACGAAGGGGUGUGGGCGGUGGGGAGGAUUUCCCGUAGCCCAUCGGCGUCUUGCCAGUUCUUUGCUUUCACCUGCCCUGCACCAACCUAUUUGACCUUGGCGAAAGAUCCCCAGAAGAUCCGCGUGUCCCUGGAUUACGAAAGGGGUCAGGUGCAGUUUUCUGAUGCCGACACCGACGAUUUGAUUUUCACCUACCACACGGGGCCGUUCUCCGGGGAGAGGCUCCGGCCCUUUUUCCAAGUGAGGAGCCGCGGAACCGCUUUGAAGUGCUGCCGUCUGAGCCCCGCUGCCGUGAACAGAAAUGAUAACACCAGGACAGCGACAGGGAACCUGUGGUUCUCGGAUGAGGUUGGGCUCCAACGCCCAUCAGCCGCGGCGACGUUCCACACUGAUCAGGGAUGGUGGGAGUUCUGAUGCUGCAACAUCCGAGAGGACCGCAGGUUUCCGCGUUCCUCUUCUGCAGCUGUAUAAGAAGCCAAGGAGGGCCACAGUCUAAAUGCCAGGAUUUCCAGUUCCUUGUCGCAGAUCUUGGAAUAUUCCACCUGCAAAAAUGCAGAUGAAGUAGCCUGGUUUGGAGUCUUCCUUGUGUGGCUGUACAUUUGAAACGACCAUUUAUUGAGAUAAAAUAAAAUAAAG